AAUCUUCUUAGUUGCAAAUCUAGUCUGCUGGCUAAACAUUCAGUGUUUUUUUGGAUCUACAUAAAUAGGUACCUAAUCAACCAGUUAGUGCUACGUAGUUAUAUUGAUGUGACCGGUUCUUCGCGUGAAAUUUCGAAUGAAUUUGAUUUGAAAUUUGUUCUUCGAAAAUAAAUUUUGAAAUAAGAUAUUUUUUCUUUAAAUUUUCUGCAAAUUUCUAGAAUAACAUAUCUUGCUGUGUGUAGAUCGAUAUUUAGAAUGUUGCUUUAUCCGUUAUUCGUAGUACUAUUAUUUUGCUGUGAUGCAUUUGGUAGUAGUGUCCAUCGAAGAAUUAUUAGACAAACUGGUGACUCCUGCAGAACACCCAAUAAUGAAGCAGGAAAUUGUAUGAAUAUUAAAAAUUGCCCUCACUUGAACGAUAAGUUAAAAGGAACACUCAACCAAAAAGAUAGAGACUUGCUGUCCAAAUCGCAAUGUGGAAGAGACACGACCGGUGUAAAAGUCUGCUGCAAUCUGAAUUCAAAUGAAACUACAGUGCCUCGAACAGGCGAUCCAGUCAACCCUACAGGCAGCAAUAAUACAGCAGCAACAGAUUACUCGAUUUGUGGCAAAUCUAAAAGAAAUACUAAUAAGAUCGUUGGAGGGCAAAAUUCUUCAUUAGGUGAUUGGCCAUGGAUAGUUGCAAUAGGAUAUCGUAGACCAUCUAAUCCAAACACAUUAUGGGAAUGUGGUGGUAGCUUGAUUUCAGACAGAUGGGUUAUCACAGCUGCUCAUUGUAUAGAAGGAAUAGGAUCUUUGGUUUUAACAACUGCUCGAAUGGGAGACUUACAUUUGGAUGAUCUAGUUGAAGAUGGAGCUUCACACGUAGACAUUGCAAUUGAAAAGAGCUUCGUUCAUCCUCAAUACUCAUCUACUAUGAAUGUAAAUGAUAUCGCAUUGUUACGUUUAAAAACUCCGGUCACUUUUACCAAGAACCUUCGUCCCAUUUGUAUAUUAACUAAAGAAGAUUACAAGAAAGAUGAUUUCUAUGUUAAUAAGAGUCCAUUUAUUGCUGGAUGGGGAAAUACCCAAGCAAGAGGAUAUAAAUCAGACAUGCUCCUCGAAACUCAAGUAGAUGUGGUAGACAUUCCAACUUGUGGUAAACAAUACCUAGCUGGCGGAUUACGAUCACCAAUUGACUCUCGAUUAAUUUGCGCCAGUAGAAUGGGAAAAGACAGUUGUCAGGGUGACUCUGGUGGACCGUUAAUGCUUCCAGUAGGAUCUUCUUAUUAUUUGGCAGGACACGUGUCAUAUGGAGUUGGUUGUGCCAAUCCAAAUUUCCCAGGAGUGUAUACCAAAGUGGCAUAUUUUACAGACUGGAUAAAAUCAACGACAAAUCUAAAUUUGUAAUGUCGACAUUGAAAGAAGAAUCAAGAGUGAUAAGGGGUAAGAAGGGAUAAAAAAAAUGGGAUCACGUAUAGAACUGACAAUGAGUAAAUUUUGCAUCAAUUUUGACUUUUUUUUUUGAGAAUUAUUUUUUGAAUUUUUUGAUGAAGUGAAUUGAUUGAACCAGAUAGGUAUUUUGACCAUCUAAAAAUGCAGAAUUGAGGUGUCCCUGUUUCCUUUUUUCCUUCAAAUUAAAGACUGAAAAAAAUGGUCUAAAAUUAAUUUAGCUGAAACCUCGCAAUAAUUUCAAAAAAAUUGUUGCCUCUUAAUUAACAUUGCGAGAGUCAGAAAAUCCGGUUGUGAAGCUUUUUUUUUAGUUCUGUGGAUUAUAAAAUAGGUACCAAAUGUUUGAAUGUUUAAAAAAACUAAGGAUACGAAUGAUACGGUAUCGGAUGAUAUUUUAGGAAUCAAAAUGAAGUUUACUAAAUGCAUUUGAAAAUAAUUUUUGUGAGUUGUGACAGAAUGAGAUUUUUUUUCCAAAUGCCUGGAAAGGGACACUGAACAUUUGAAAGAUAAAUUAUUGUUUCAAUUCAGCUAAAAAUUGAAAAUACUUCAUGCUGCUUUUAAAAAUACUUACUCGUAUUCCUUAAUUUUUUAAUCUGCCUACCCGAAUAUGCUUUAAUAUAAGUACCUAGAAUGAAUAAUAAACCCAUCGAAUUUUCGUUUAAACAAAAUAUGUUGUUUGAUUUCAAAGUGAUAUUGUUGUUUAAAAAUAAAAAAAUUAUGCUAAAA